AUGGCGCAGCAAGCUGCCGAUAAGUAUCUCUAUGUGGAUAAAAACUUCAUCAAUAACCCCCUGGCCCAAGCCGACUGGGCUGCCAAGAAGCUGGUAUGGGUGCCUUCUGACAAGAGUGGCUUUGAGCCUGCCAGCCUCAAGGAAGAGAUGGGUGAGGAGGCCAUUGUGGAGCUGGUGGAGAACGGGAAGAAGGUGAAGGUGAACAAGGAUGAUAUCCAGAAGAUGAAUCCACCCAAGUUCUCCAAAGUGGAAGACAUGGCGGAGCUCACGUGCCUCAACGAAGCCUCCGUGCUGCACAACCUCAAGGAGCGCUACUACUCAGGGCUCAUCUACACCUAUUCAGGCCUGUUCUGUGUGGUCAUCAACCCUUAUAAGAACCUGCCCAUCUAUUCUGAAGAGAUCGUGGAAAUGUACAAGGGCAAGAAGAGGCAUGAGAUGCCCCCCCACAUUUACGCUAUCACAGACACCGCCUAUAGGAGUAUGAUGCAAGACCGAGAGGACCAGUCCAUUUUGUGCACGGGUGAGUCUGGAGCUGGCAAGACGGAGAACACCAAGAAAGUCAUUCAGUACCUGGCUCACGUGGCCUCAUCGCACAAGAGCAAGAAGGACCAGGUGAGUGUGACCUUCCUCCCCACGGACGGUGAGCUGGAGCGGCAGCUGCUGCAGGCCAACCCCAUCCUGGAGGCCUUCGGGAAUGCCAAGACUGUCAAGAAUGACAACUCCUCUCGAUUUGGCAAGUUCAUCCGCAUCAACUUUGAUGUCAAUGGCUACAUUGUGGGAGCCAACAUUGAGACUUAUCUCCUGGAGAAAUCUCGUGCCAUCCGCCAAGCCAAGGAAGAGCGGACCUUCCACAUCUUCUACUACCUGCUGUCUGGGGCUGGGGAGCACCUCAAGUCUGAUCUCCUGCUGGAGUCAUACAACAAAUACCGCUUCCUGUCCAACGGGCAUGUCACCAUUCCCGGGCAACAGGACAAGGACAUGUUCCAGGAGACCAUGGAGGCUUUUCGGAUUAUGGGCAUCCCAGAGGAAGAGCAGAUGGGCUUGCUGCGAGUCAUCUCGGGGGUCCUCCAGCUAGGCAACAUUGUCUUCAAGAAGGAGCGUAACAGCGACCAGGCCUCCAUGCCCGACAACACAGCUGCCCAGAAAGUAUCCCACCUGUUGGGUAUCAAUGUGACCGAUUUCACCCGAGGAAUCCUCACCCCGCGCAUCAAGGUGGGACGGGAUUAUGUCCAGAAGGCGCAGACGAAGGAGCAGGCUGACUUUGCCAUCGAGGCCUUGGCCAAGGCCACCUACGAGCGCAUGUUCCGCUGGCUGGUCCUGCGCAUCAACAAGGCUCUGGACAAGACCAAGAGGCAGGGCGCCUCGUUCAUCGGGAUCCUGGACAUCGCUGGCUUCGAGAUCUUUGAUCUGAACUCCUUCGAGCAGCUCUGCAUCAACUACACUAACGAGAAGCUGCAGCAGCUCUUCAACCACACGAUGUUCAUCCUGGAGCAGGAGGAGUACCAGCGCGAGGGCAUCGAGUGGAACUUCAUCGACUUCGGUCUCGACCUGCAGCCCUGCAUCGACCUCAUCGAGAAGCCGGCAGGCCCUCCUGGCAUCCUGGCCCUGCUGGACGAGGAGUGCUGGUUCCCCAAAGCCACGGACAAGAGUUUCGUGGAGAAGGUGAUGCAGGAGCAGGGCACCCACCCCAAGUUCCAGAAGCCCAAGCAGCUGAAGGACAAGGCAGAUUUCUGCAUCAUCCACUACGCUGGCAAGGUGGAUUACAAAGCCGAUGAGUGGCUGAUGAAGAACAUGGACCCGCUGAACGACAACAUCGCCACGUUGCUGCACCAGUCCUCUGACAAGUUUGUCUCGGAGCUGUGGAAGGAUGUGGACCGCAUCAUCGGCCUGGACCAGGUGGCUGGCAUGUCAGAGACGGCAAUGCCUGGGGCCUUCAAGACGCGCAAGGGCAUGUUCCGCACGGUGGGGCAGCUGUACAAGGAGCAGCUGGCCAAACUCAUGGCCACGCUGAGGAACACCAACCCCAACUUCGUCCGCUGCAUCAUACCCAACCACGAGAAGAAGGCCGGCAAGCUGGAUCCGCAUCUGGUGCUGGAUCAGCUGCGUUGCAACGGGGUUCUUGAAGGCAUCCGGAUCUGCCGCCAGGGCUUCCCCAACCGCGUGGUCUUCCAGGAGUUCCGGCAGAGAUACGAGAUCCUGACUCCAAAUUCCAUUCCUAAGGGCUUCAUGGACGGGAAGCAGGCGUGUGUGCUCAUGAUCAAAGCCCUGGAGCUUGACAGCAACCUGUACCGCAUCGGCCAGAGCAAGGUCUUCUUCCGGGCCGGCGUGCUGGCCCACCUGGAGGAGGAGCGGGACCUGAAGAUCACGGACGUCAUCAUCGGCUUCCAGGCCUGCUGCAGGGGCUACCUGGCUAGGAAGGCCUUCGCCAAGCGGCAGCAGCAGCUGACAGCCAUGAAGGUCCUGCAGAGGAACUGCGCCGCCUACCUCAAGCUGCGCAACUGGCAGUGGUGGCGGCUCUUCACCAAGGUCAAGCCGCUGCUGCAGGUGAGCCGGCAGGAGGAGGAGAUGAUGGCCAAGGAGGAGGAGCUGGUGAAGGUGCGGGAGAAGCAGCUGGCUGCUGAGAACAGGCUCUCAGAGAUGGAGACCCUCCAGUCCCAGCUCAUGGCUGAGAAGCUGCAGCUCCAGGAGCAGCUCCAGGCAGAAACGGAACUGUGUGCCGAGGCUGAGGAGCUCCGUGCCCGUCUGACGGCCAAGAAGCAGGAGCUGGAAGAGAUCUGUCAUGACCUGGAGGCUCGGGUGGAGGAGGAGGAGGAGCGCUGCCAGCACCUGCAGGCCGAGAAGAAAAAGAUGCAGCAGAACAUCCAGGAGCUGGAGGAGCAGCUGGAGGAGGAGGAGAGCGCCCGGCAGAAGCUCCAACUGGAGAAGGUGACCACUGAGGCCAAGCUGAAGAAGCUGGAGGAGGACCAGAUCAUCAUGGAGGACCAGAAUUGCAAGCUGGCCAAGGAGAAGAAGCUGCUGGAAGACAGAAUAGCCGAGUUCACCACCAACCUCAUGGAAGAGGAGGAGAAAUCGAAGAGCCUCGCCAAACUCAAGAACAAGCAUGAGGCGAUGAUCACCGACCUGGAGGAACGCCUGCGAAGAGAGGAGAAGCAGCGCCAGGAGCUGGAGAAGACCCGCCGGAAGCUGGAAGGAGACUCCACCGACCUCAACGACCAGAUUGCCGAGCUGCAGGCUCAGAUCGCAGAGCUCAAGAUGCAGCUGGCCAAGAAGGAGGAGGAGCUCCAGGCCGCCCUGGCCAGAGUGGAGGAAGAAACCACCCAGAAGAACAUGGCCCUGAAGAAGAUCCGGGAGCUGGAAUCUCAGAUUUCGGAGCUCCAAGAAGACCUGGAGUCUGAGCGUGCUGCUAGGAAUAAAGCCGAGAAGCAGAAACGAGACCUCGGGGAAGAGCUGGAGGCUCUGAAAACGGAGCUGGAGGACACUCUGGAUUCCACGGCCGCGCAGCAGGAGCUCAGGUCCAAACGUGAACAAGAAGUGAACAUCCUGAAGAAGACCCUUGAGGAGGAGGCCAGGACCCAUGAGGCCCAGAUCCAGGACAUGAGGCAGAAGCACUCACAGGCCGUGGAGGAGCUGGCUGAGCAACUGGAGCAGACGAAGCGGGUGAAAGCCAACCUCGAGAAGGCCAAGCAGACCCUGGAGAAUGAGCGAGGGGAGCUGGCCAACGAGGUGAAGGUGCUGCAACAGGGCAAAGCGGACACGGAGCACAAGCGCAAGAAGGUGGAGGCCCAGCUGCAGGAGCUGCAGGUCAAGUUCACCGAGGGGGAGCGCGUGCGCACGGAGCUCGCCGACAAGGUCUCCAAGCUGCAGGUCGAGCUGGACAAUGUGACGGGUCUUCUCACCCAGUCGGACAGCAAGUCUAGCAAGCUCACCAAGGACUUCUCUGCUCUGGAGUCACAGCUGCAGGACACGCAGGAGCUGCUGCAGGAGGAGAACCGGCAGAAGCUGAGUCUGAGCACCAAGCUAAAGCAGGUGGAGGAUGAGAAGAACUCUCUCAAGGAGCAGCUGGAGGAGGAGGAGGAGGCCAAGCGGAACCUGGAGAAGCAGAUCUCCACCCUCCAUGCCCAGGUCACUGACAUGAGGAAGAAGAUGGAUGACAGCGUGGGGUGCCUGGAGACGGCUGAGGAGGCCAAGAGGAAGCUGCAGAAGGACCUGGAGGGGCUGAGCCAGCGCUAUGAGGAGAAGGUGGCUGCCUACGACAAGCUGGAGAAGACCAAGACGCGGCUGCAGCAGGAACUGGACGACCUGCUCGUGGAUCUCGACCACCAGCGGCAGAGCGUCUCCAACCUGGAGAAGAAGCAGAAGAAGUUCGACCAGCUGCUGGCCGAGGAAAAGACCAUCUCUGCCAAGUAUGCAGAGGAGCGUGAUCGGGCGGAGGCAGAGGCCCGGGAGAAGGAGACCAAGGCACUGUCUCUGGCCCGGGCUCUGGAGGAGGCCAUGGAGCAGAAGGCAGAACUGGAGCGGCUCAACAAGCAGUUCCGCGCCGAGAUGGAAGACCUCAUGAGCUCCAAGGAUGACGUGGGCAAGAGCGUCCAUGAGCUGGAGAAGUCCAAGCGGGCCCUGGAGCAGCAGGUGGAGGAGAUGAAGACGCAGCUCGAGGAGCUGGAGGACGAGCUGCAGGCCACCGAGGACGCCAAGCUGCGGCUGGAGGUCAACCUGCAGGCCAUGAAGGCCCAGUUCGAGCGGGACCUGCAGGGCCGUGACGAGCAGAGUGAGGAGAAGAAAAAGCAGCUGGUCAAACAGGUUCGGGAGAUGGAGGCUGAGUUGGAGGAUGAGAGGAAGCAGCGCUCGAUAGCUGUGGCCGCUCGGAAGAAGCUGGAGAUGGACUUGAAGGACCUGGAGGCCCACAUCGACUCGGCCAACAAGAACCGGGAUGAAGCCAUCAAGCAGCUGCGGAAGCUGCAGGCCCAGAUGAAGGACUACAUGCGGGAGCUGGACGACACGCGCGCCUCCCGCGAGGAGAUCCUGGCGCAGGCCAAGGAGAACGAGAAGAAGCUGAAGGGCAUGGAGGCCGAGAUGAUCCAGCUGCAGGAGGAGCUGGCAGCCGCCGAGCGCGCCAAGCGCCAAGCCCAGCAGGAACGGGACGAGCUGGCCGACGAGAUAGCCAACAGCAGCGGCAAGGGUGCCCUGGCGUUGGAGGAGAAGCGGCGGCUGGAGGCCCGCAUUGCACAGCUGGAGGAGGAGCUGGAGGAGGAGCAGGGCAACACGGAGCUGGUGAACGACAGGCUGAAGAAGGCGAACCUGCAGAUCGACCAGCUCAACACCGACCUGAACCUGGAGCGCAGCCACACCCAGAAGAACGAGAACGCGAGGCAGCAGCUGGAGCGCCAGAACAAGGAGCUCAAGGUCAAGCUGCAGGAGAUGGAGGGCACCGUCAAGUCCAAGUACAAGGCCUCCAUCGCUGCCCUGGAGGCCAAGAUUGCACAGCUGGAGGAGCAGCUGGACAACGAGACCAAGGAGCGCCAGGCAGCCUGCAAGCAGGUGCGUCGGGCCGAGAAGAAGCUGAAGGAUGUGCUGCUGCAGGUGGAUGACGAGCGGAGAAACGCCGAGCAGUACAAGGACCAGGCGGACAAGGCCUCCACCCGCCUGAAGCAGCUCAAGCGGCAGCUGGAGGAGGCGGAGGAGGAGGCCCAGCGGGCCAAUGCUUCUCGCCGGAAACUGCAGCGCGAGCUGGAGGAUGCCACUGAGACAGCAGAUGCCAUGAACCGCGAGGUCAGCUCCCUCAAGAACAAGCUCAGGCGUGGGGACCUGCCGUUCGUUGUGCCCCGCCGAAUGGCCCGGAAAGGUGCCAGCGACUGCUCAGACGAUGAGGUGGAUGGCAAAGCCGAUGGGGCUGAGGCCAAAGCUGCCGAGGCCAGAGCUGCCGAGUAA